AUGGACUUCCAUUACAGCCUUGAGCACAACAUGGACAUGAUGGAUACAGUCCCUCGUCUUGAAUUCGAGGGGGAUGAGGAUGAUGUUUUCUAUGCUGAACUUCGAAGGCAGAUUUUGCUAUUGACAGGAGAUGAUGAGGAUGGUGAUGAUGAUUAUUUUCAGCGUAGAAUGAAACAUUCAAACGCCGCGAGGAACAUGAGAAGGCCAAAUUUGUGCAGCGCUGCUGCAAAUCUACCAGGAGGUUAUUUCAAUUGGUCAGAGAAUGAGAAUAAUAAUUCAGUACCUGCCUGGCUUUCGAAUUUGUGGAGAUCGAAUGGUACAGGAACUGGUGUGUUCAUACCUCAUGUUGUGAAAUCCAGCAGAAGAAGAAGAAAGAACAAUGACAAAGGAAGAAUGUAUAAACCAGUGGCAAUCAAGAAUGUAUAA